AUGCGCUCAGGCCACCCCGGCGCCGAGCAGUGCCCGGUGUGCAAGGCCGCCGUGUGCGAGGACCACCUCUUGCCGCUCUGCGGCCGUCGCCGCAGCGCUGCGUCGUGCUGCAACGUGGAGCGUCGCCAGCACGACGGCGACGGCAAGCUGUGGUUUGACGUCCAACAGGUAUACGGCGUACAGAACCAGCUCGGACAGCACUACGGUGGUGGUGCUGUGGACCACUGGGGCUGGAUGUUGCACUCGACCGCCGGCCACGUCAUUGCCAGCGCAGCAGUGGCCGUCCUACCGUGGGCGUUCCCGGGAGGCCGGCUGCCGUUGCCGCCUCGGCCGGUGAUCGUCUGCAACGGCCGGCGGCAGAGGAGGGUGGAGGACUCGCUGCAGCAGUUAUGGCUUUUCCUUGCCAUGCUUGCACUGCUCUGCUUCCUUCUGCUCUGA